CCCCUUUGAGGCUGCAGCCUCUCUUUUCCUUUCCCUCCCGCUCUCCCUCCUUCCCUCUCCCCUCCCCUCCCGCCGCGCCCGCACUAACUUCCUCCCCUCCCCAACACUGCAGCAUUUGCCGACUGCAGCUCCAGCCGCCGCCCGCGCCUCUCCGACCUCCGCAGACCGGCAGCCACCAGCACCAUGGCCAGCACCGUGUCCGCAUAUAAAGAGAAGAUGAAGGAGCUGUCUGUGCUGUCACUCAUCUGCUCCUGCUUCUACUCACAGCCUCAUCCCAACACCAUCUACCAGUAUGGAGACAUGGAGGUGAAACAACUGGACAAGCGAGCCUCUGGUCAGAGCUUUGAGGUCAUCCUCAAGUCCCCUUCUGACCUAUCCCCAGAGAGCCCUGUGCUGUCUUCUCCCCCUAAGAGGAAGGACACUUCCCUGGAGGAGCUGCGGAAGAGGCUGGAGGCAGCUGAGGAGCGGAGGAAGACGCAGGAGGCACAGGUCCUGAAGCAGCUGGCGGAGCGGCGAGAGCACGAGCGCGAAGUGCUGCACAAAGCGCUGGAAGACAACAACAACUUCAGCCGCCAGGCGGAGGAGAAGCUCAACUACAAGAUGGAGCUCAGCAAGGAGAUCCGCGAGGCGCACCUGGCCGCCCUGCGCGAGCGCCUGCGUGAGAAGGAGCUACACGCGGCCGAGGUGCGCAGGAACAAGGAGCAGCGGGAGGAGAUGUCCGGCUAAGGGGCCCUGGACCUGGACACUGCAGCCACAAGAACACAUUCGGAUUUUCUUUUUUGUCCAACACUGUCUGGAUGCAAGUUUUGUUUCUGCGCUGUCCCCUACCUUGCACCCUCAGCUUCCUGCUUCUCUUUCCACACUCUGGGCGUCCAGUCCUUGUGGCGUACCUGACCAUGGGCUCUCCCUGAGGAGCCAUCAGGUUGAGAAAUCUGUUCUCCCAGUUCAGACACCAGGCCAGUCGUGGCUGGGCCCCCUCACGGGGGCUCUCUUAGUGGAUGUGGUGGCAACCUUAAUAAACCUAGUGGCAGUGGCACAAA